UUGUCGGGCUCCUUCUCGUUUGCCUGGGUCCUGUACGGUAAGGGCUGGACGGGUGAGGCAGACUCCAGAUCUCUUCUCCAAACGGGCACACACACAGGUCUAAAACAUCUUGAUGCGCAACGCUGAUAUCGACACAGAGUGAGACGGCCUGCUCCAACAGAGGCCCCUGGAUGCAGUGCUUCCCACCGCUAAGAGAGAAGGUAAGAGGACAAGCCAGCUGUCAAGAUGAAGGAGGAGAAUUUAUUCCAUCGGAGGUUGUCUCUGUGCUCCAAUGCCACCUCUCCACCCAAGAUUGACCCCCGCGCCUUCACUCGGAAUCUGUCCUACGGAGGAGACAACGACCUCUACAACCUCAGCCCAGGCAGUGAGAUGGAUGGGAAUGGACUCUCCAUGCUAAGUACUGAGCUCAGUCCAACCCAAUCACCAAACAGCAAGUCUGAGUCCAGGAUGUUCAACGGUGUGGAAAAGGAUUGCCCCUCCCCCACAGACAAACUGGCCCGUAAGGAGUCCCUUAAGGUCCAGAAGCAAAACUAUAGGCAGGAGAAGAAACGGGCAGCCAAAGAGCUGUUUAGUGCUCUAAAGGAUCCCAGUGUUGUCAUCAUGUCCGACUGGCUUAAGAUCCGUGGUUCUUUAAAGAGCUGGACCAAGCUGUGGUGUGCCCUGAAGCCUGGGGUUCUGCUGAUCUACAAGACCCCCAAGACUGACCACUGGGUGGGCACCAUCCUACUCAAUGCCUGCAAACUGAUUGAGAGGCCCUCUAAAAAGGACGGUUUCUGCUUUAAGUUAUACCACCCCCUGGACAAGUCCAUCUGGGCCGUGAAGGGUCCUAAAGGAGAGAAUGUUGGCUCCAUUACUCAGCCUCUUCCCAGCAACUACCUGAUCUUCAGGGCUGCCUCAGAGUCUGAUGGCCGCUGCUGGAUGGAUGCCCUGGAGUUGGCCCUCAGCUGCUCCAGUCUCUACAAGAUCACAGCCAAAGCAGGGAAAGAGGGAGAAUUCAGCACCUCCUCUGAGUCCUCCCACAUUCUCCACUUACUGCAGUCUGCUACUCUCAGUGACACAGAGCUGCAACAAUUGAACGACUCCAUGCUGCUUGGCAAUCACCACAUGGAGAAUGACGGCUACUCAGACAAAUCAGAACGCGAAGCUCAUGAGGACUGGGAUACUUUGGCCAAUGACAACGGUGGAAGGUUGACCGAGGAGAGUGACAUGGACCAAUCAGAUGAGCUAUUGCCAGGGUUGCAGGCUACGACCUACGUAGAGCAGGGCCUUGAGGAGAUGGCCGAGGCUGGGGAGGCAUCACAGGUGGAGACAGUGUCGGACGAGAACAAAGGUCUGAUCUGGACUCUGCUGAAACAGCUGCGACCAGGAAUGGACCUAUCCAAGGUGGUGCUGCCCACCUUCAUCCUUGAGCCACGUUCUUUCCUGGACAAGCUAUCUGACUACUACUACCAUGCUGACCUGCUCUCACAAGCUGCAUUAGAAGAAAGUGCAUAUGGUCGGAUAAAGCAAGUGUUGCGUUGGUACUUGUCUGGCUUCUACAAAAAGCCCAAGGGUCUGAAGAAACCUUAUAACCCAAUUCUUGGUGAGACGUUUCGUUGCUGCUGGCUUCAUCCUCAAACUGACAGCUGUACUUUCUACAUAGCUGAACAGGUGUCCCACCAUCCACCUGUCUCUGCCUUCUACAUUUGCAACAAGAAGGAUGGUUUCUGCAUCAGUGGAAGCAUCCUGGCCAAGUCCAAGUUCUAUGGUAAUUCACUCUCAGCCAUUCUGGAUGGUAAAGCCAGGCUGGUGUUCCUGGGUAGGGAUGAGGAGUACGUCAUCACUAUGCCCUAUGCGCACUGCAAAGGUAUCCUGUAUGGUACAAUGACACUAGAACUGGGGGGGAAGAUCACCAUUGAGUGUGAAAAAACCAGAUGUGCCGCAGAGCUGGAAUUCAAAUUAAAGCCCUUCCUUGGAGGCCCUUGCUCUGUGAACCAGAUCAGUGGGAAGAUCCAUGUGGGAGAGGAGCUACUGGCUUCUGUCGAUGGACACUGGGACGGCGAGGUGUUUAUCUGCGAGAAGCGCUCAGGUCAGCAGGAGACGCUGUGGAGCCCCACUGCAGAGGUCCGCAGCAAUCGUCUUAAGAGACAGGUGGUCCAGCUAGAAGAGCAGGGAGAGUUUGAGUCUGAAAGGCUCUGGCAGCAUGUGACCAGCGCCAUCAUGGAUCGAGACCAGAAUCGGGCCACCCAAGAGAAGUUUGUCCUGGAGGAAGCUCAGAGGAGAGAGGCCAAGGAGAGGGGAGACAAACCAUGGAACCCACGGCUUUUCCAACUGGAGCCUGUUACCUCAGAGUGGAAAUACAAGCACAUAGACAUGCAGCCUUGGGACACAGAAUCCUGUUUGAUACAAUUUGAGAAGGACGGCGUGAUUCAGACCCAUGAGAAAACACAGCGGCGACACCAUGCCUGGAUUGGCCAGCAGAAGGCUGAAAUGAAUGGGAAACACAGGAAGGUCAGCAGCCAGCCAUCCAGCUGUAGCCAAAACACUGAGAGCAGCAGCACCACGCCAGAGCCUACGCAUGAGUCCUCAGACAAUGAGGAGUUCCUGAAUCAGUGUGCACGGUGCACUAAAGAUGUAAAGGACAUUGCCUUGAUAGAGGCCUCCAUCACCUCUAUACAGAAGACACAGCAAGAAAUCCAGAGGAACCUGGCAGCUCUGAGUCGUCAGCUAGUGCGUCAGAGAGGGGCGGAGGAUGGCAUGUCCCUAACGGGCCAUCACUGUCUCAUUCUAUGUGUUCUGCUCCUCUCCCAGCUCCUUCUCAACUAUUUCUUCACCUGAGAACCACGUCACGGAGAGAAGCUCCCCCUCUAGCACUGAUCUUCCAUCAUGUCCAUAAACAUAGACUCUACUCAGUGCAGGGUGAUAGAGACUCAACACAAAAUAUGAUCUUAGAUCAGAGCUGAAGGGUCACCUUUGUCCUAUUUGGCCUUGGACAGGGAGGAGCAUGGACACCAUAGCAAUAAACACAACCACACAGCCAUUGCUUGUCAGUCACCUGCAGAGAGGAGUGGUACCCCCUAGUGUAGCCCAAGCGAAACAACACCGGCACCUACGCACUUUGGACAGGAAGGGAGGGUUGAGAUUGAUGACAAGUGAAUGGAUUUAUCGCUUUUGAAUAUAAAUACAACUCGUAUAAUCAAGGAGAAUGGCAGAGGAGAUGUUCCACCAUUCCUUCACUAAUAGAUGUGUCUUUUUUAUAGAGAUGCCCUGCAAUACUGUUAUUCUAUGUGUGUGUGUGUGCGUGUGCGUGUGUGUGUGUCUGUGUGUGUGUGGGUGUCUGUCUGUCUGUCUGUGGUUCUGUGUGUGUGUGUGUGUGUGUGUGUGUGUGUGUGUGUGUGUGUGUGUGUGUGUGUUCGUACUUACAGUAGACGUAUGAACUUCCCAACUUCCCUUCCAAUUAAGACUUUCGGCCUUAAUGCUAAAGCCAAAAAAAAAAAGAAGAGAGAAAUGUCAGAUACAAAUGAAGAUGGAAAAAAAAGCAAAUUCCAAUAGUGCAAUUCUGUCUGUUUUGUAUAGGUGUGUGCAUAAUUACCCUCUGUCCCACCUUUUAAUAAUGGGGAUUUUACCAAAAACAGUAUUUAUAACCCGGAAGGACGGAGUACUUGUUUACAAAGGUGUCAUAUGUUUCUAGUGGAACUUGUUGGAAAAAAGAGGGUAGUGGAACAGAGCCAGAAGUAGGGCAGAUUGAUAAACAGAGUGUCUUUGCAUUUCUGUGCCUAUAGCGCCAUCCGAGGGAAGGAUUACUAGCAUAGCACUGCUUUGGUCUAGACCAUGACACUAAUGUGUACAAUCAACUAUAUGUAGGAUCAACAGGUGGUGAAGUGAAUGAGGAAAAUUUUGAGGGGAGAAAUUGAAUUUGUAAAGCUUUGGCUGAGAGGAUUGUUGCAUUAAGCAUAAUUGAAGGGUUUGGGUUAGCAUCUCACACCAUUUCAGAGUGACUGUUCCAGGAUGUAAACACUUAGUAAUGAGGGUUUUUUUUUUUUAACAGUGUAUCUAUUUGUAUAUAUUUGUCUGGAGCACAUUCACAGUCUGUGUUUCUAAAAGAGAUUUCAGAAUGUAUUUAUUGAGUGAUUAACCUUGAUUUCCUGAUCAUACUCAGCUUGGAGGAUGAAGGCCAGGGGUGACAGUCCAUCUCCUGAGUGUGUACAUGUGUGAUUUUGAAGGAGAGAGCCAUAAUAGAUGUGCAACAGAGAGCCAGAUCGAUGAUCUUUGUUGACAUUUUUAGUUAACCUUGGAUUUCAGCUGGGGAUGAGGAUCAAAUUUGGAAAGUUGGACUCGCAGAUUGGUUCUUUGCCAGUGCAAAUCUGCCUCAAAGGAGGAGAAUUGAAGAGCACCAAGGCAGAAGUCGACCCUUUGAAUGCUUUUAUUCACACUCGUCUGUUAAUUAUGUUAUUUCAUGUUUUCUUCAUUUUUUCUACUAUACUGCCAUGUCAUGGGUAUUCCACAUGCCAGACAUUUUUGUCAUACGGAAUGAUACAACAGAGAACAUGAUAUUACCCAAUGUUUAUGUUCAUACCUGUUGCAUACUGUAAUGCUACAGUAAAAAUUGAUAUUUC